AGUCUGCAGAAUAAUAAUAAUGACCCCCACUAUAUAAUCCCCUCCUCCUCUUCUCUCUAAAAACCACACCACCAAAAUAAAUAAAAAUGGAAGAUCAAAAUCUCUUCAACACUGCACUCCAAAUCCACUUAAUCCUAUCCCCAAUCACACUCCUAGCUCUGUCAUUCAUCCAGGCUCCGUAUGGCAAACAUUACCGUGGUGGUUGGGGUCCAUCAAUUUCUCCAUCCUACGGUUGGUUUCUAAUGGAAAGUCCAACACUUUGGUUAACCCUUUUAAUCUACCCAUUUGGCCGUAACUUCUCAAAUCCAAAAUCAAUCGCUCUGAUCUCAGUCUUCUUGUUCCAUUACAUCCAUCGAACCCUGAUUUACCCAAUUCGACUCACCAAAUCAAGAAAAAAUCAAAAUUCCAAGAAACACAGUUUCCCGAUUUCAGUCGUUUUGAUGGCUUUUGUGUACAAUUUGUUGAAUGUUUAUUUACAAUCGAGAUGGGUUUCUCAUUACGCUGAUUUUAAUGGAGGGGGGAAUGAUUGGCGGUUUUGGGGGCGGUUUUGUGUUGGGUUGGGGAUUUUUGUAAGUGGUUUUGCGGUGAAUGUGAAGUCGGAUCUGGUUUUGGUUUCGUUGAAGGGGGACGACGGCGGGUAUAAGGUGCCGAAGGGUGGGAUGUUUGAGUUUGUUAGCUGUGCGAAUUACUUUGGGGAGAUUAUGGAAUGGUUUGGAUGGAUGGUUAUGAUUUGGUCUUGGGUUGGUUUUGCGUUUUUUAUGUAUACGUGUUCGAAUCUUGUACCUAGAGGUGGUGCUAAUCAUAGAUGGUAUUUAGAGAAAUUUAGAGAUGAGUAUCCUAAGAAAAGAAGAGCUGUAAUACCUUUUGUUUAUUGAAAGAAGAAAUGAAUGAAUGGAAUGUUCUUGCUUUUCUGUCUU